UGUGUGUGCGUAUGAGUGUGUGAGAUGCCGUCGUGUUAGUUUCUCGUCCUCCUCCUCCUCCCCGCUGCCAUUUCAUCGCAAAUCGCAACGCAAAUACGCGCGUCUUUGUGCUUAGGACGCCAUUUGAUCAUCCCUUUCAUUGUUUGUUUUUUCAGCUAUGUACAUCUGGUAAACAACAACAGUGGGUUUUUUUUUUUGUUUGUUGUUGUUGUUGUUUUUUGUUUUUUUCCCUCCUAUGCGGAGGUUUGUUUUUGAAGGCAUCAACGUCGAUAUGGGGCUUAUUGCGUUUUACACAUAUUGAGGGUUCAGCUUCAAGACUUGACAUGGACACAAUCUGGCUCUACCAGUUCCGUCUGAUCGUGAUCGGAGACUCCACGGUGGGCAAGUCGUGUCUGAUCCGCAGGUUCACCGAGGGUCAUUUUGCCCACGUGUCGGACCCCACCGUUGGUGUGGACUUCUUCUCGCGUCUGCUGGAGAUUGAGCCGGGCAAGAGGGUCAAGCUCCAGAUCUGGGACACUGCUGGCCAGGAGAGGUUCAGAAGAAUGGCCAAAGAUAAUAAGAUAAGGUCAAUCACCAGAGCCUACUACCGUAACUCCGUUGGCGGGCUCCUGCUCUUCGACAUUACCAACCGGCGCUCGUUCCAGAACGUGCACAGCUGGCUGGAGGAGGCGCAGAGUCACGUCCAGCCGCACAGUAUCGUCUUCCUGCUAGUGGGCCACAAGUGUGACCUGGAGGCCCAGCGUCAGGUGAGCCGGCAGGAGGCAGAGAAGCUGGCGGCGGCCUUCGGGAUGAACUACGUGGAAACGUCUGCGCGAGACGCCAUCAACGUGGAGACGGCGUUCAUGGACCUGACGAGGCAGAUCUUCGAGCUGGUGCGCGGCGGCGACAUCAAAAUCCAAGACGGCUGGGAGGGCGUCAAGAGUGGACUGGUCCCGAACACCGUGCACUCCUCUGAGGAGGUCACCAAGGCGGGUCGCCAGUGCCUCUGCUGAGCUCGUUUCUUUUGGACUCCAUCUUUUGGAGAUGGGUCCUCACUUCAUUUACGACCACACUGCGGGGCCCUUAAACUAUUUCCAUGUCGCAGUAACACGCUUUACUUGUCAUGUGUUGACUGCUUGCUCAGUGAAAACCACACUUUGGUCUCUCGAUUAAAAGCACAAGAACCCACCCGCCGCCCGCUCCCGCCCCCGCCCGUGUCGUUCAACAUGGUAGCUUUGCUGCUUUUCUGACAUGCGCACUUACACUGAUACACAGUUUGUAAUAACUAUUGACACUCGUAGGUACACAAACCCAAUAGAAAUUAGACAGCCUCUUCAACUCAAUGGGGACAAACAAAUACAAGAAAAUGUAUGUACAGUACUUGUAAAUAGUGAGAAAGAGGCUACACUCUUACCGCUCAAGCCAACAACAAAUACUACAAAGGAGUAUUUGGGCCACAACUAAAACCCAUAAAAAUAAAAAGUAAGAAAAUUUCCGCCCAAAAUAUCAUUACCAGAAAAAAAGUGUUCAUUUGAAAACAUUUCUUAACAUUAUGAGACAUUACAUUAUUUUACAAGAAAACUGCCAUAAUAUUGCCAGUAAAAAGUAAAAUAAUAAAAGUUCUGUUAUUAAAAAAAAAAAAAGAUUUUAUUGAAAAAAAACCAGUUCAUUUUUAAGAGAGAAAAAAUCAUAAUAAAUAAAGCGGCUUUUGGGAGAAAUUUCACCAAAAUACAUGUUAUUUUAUUAGGAUAUGAGAAUAAAGUGGCGGUGGUACUAUAAAAAAGUUCCAAUUAUCUGAGAAGUUGUAAUAUUUAAUUACAAUUAUGAUCAUUUUUACAUUCCAAGUCACAGUAUUAUGAGAAAUAAAUUUCAAUUGUGCAGGAAUACACUAAUAAUAUGACCAUAAAAUAGCCUCAAUCUUGCAAGAAUCAAAUUGUUGACUUUUACAGAAAAAAAUGCAUUUUUGUUAUUUUACGGUUAAUUUUUCACAAUGAAAGAGAAACAUGUCAUUUCAUAUGAAUAGUUUUGUAAAAUUAUGUGACAAAAAAAGCCACUGUCAUUUCACAGCAAAAAAAAUCACCUCGCAACAAUAAAGUUGUAAUGUUAUUAGAAAAAAAGUUGUAAAACAACAUGAAAAAGACAGUGGUGCAGUAUUGUGUUACAGAGCCCCAUGCAGAAAAAAAAAAUGUUUUGUACACACAAAAUACAAACGUGUGUACGUAUUAGUCCAACCACCAACCCACCCGAUCCUCAUGUCAUGUCUGAGGCUCUGUAGUGUGGUGUUGAGGAUUUUGUCAAGUCACUCAAUUUUCCAUGUGGUCCAAAUACUCCUUAAUAAUCCCAAAUACUCCUUAAUACUCCUUUUUGGCUCCAUCCAGACAGUCAAAUAUGCAUCCACUUUGACUCAAUGCUUUUAAAUUUCAAUUGCUGAUGUUAGUCUCUUUUGAGUGCCUUUUGGAGGAAGGAAACUUGUGUCCAUGUGUUUUAUUAUUCAUGUACAGUGGAUAAAGAAAGUCUACACACCCCUAAAAAGCCCACUGGAACAUCUGAACUUUAUUUAGGUCAGACGAGUUUGAAUGUGAUUGAAUCAUUUUUAACGUUUCACAUUUAGAGGGGUGUGCACACUUGUGCAACUACAUUGAACCAAUUGCUUAUUGUUAUUAACUCGCCUGGAUUUUUUUUUUAAAUUAUUGGAUUGGUUGUAAAGGGGCGGCACGGUAGAGUAACUGGUUAGAGCGUAUGCCUCGCAGUUCAAGGUUCAGUGUUCAAGUCCCAGUCCCGCCUGUGUGGCAUUAGCAUGUCUUCCACGUGCCUGCGUGGGUUUUCUCCCACGUCCCUAAAACGUGCAUGGUAGGUUAAUUGAUUGUUCUAAAUUGCCGGUAGGUGUGAAUGCGGGUGCAGAUGGUUGUUUGUUUCCUAUGUGCCCUGUGAUUGGAUUGAAUUAUCAAAAAUAAUUGGGAUUGGCUCCAGCACUCCUGCGACCCUCGUGAGGAUUGGUGGCUCUGAUAAUGGAUCAAUAGUUGUAAACGUUCAUAUAUCACGAGGACCUGGCGUUUCAACAGGGGUGUGUAGACUAUUGAUAUCCACCGAAAGUAACAAAUGUGUAAUGUGAUUCAUUUGAACACUGGCCUCGUGUCAUGGGGAUUGAUUAAUUAAUUAAUUAGCACGUGUGUCAUCAAUAAAAUAGUGGGAAUAUGAGAGGCUUUGGAGGCGUCAUUAAUGGCGUGUGACCAAUAGAGGGCGCACUUUAAAAAAAAGCCCCAAAUUGUUUUGCAUAUAAGAUAAAGCCAGUUUGUUUUAGGUGUUUCUAGGACAAACAAGGCGACACGAAAAGGUGUGAUAAUGCCAAACUAAGAACUGUCACCUGAUUCCUGCUUCGUUCCAGAUUUGAAGGAGAAUUUAUUAGCCAUCAACAUUUUGGGGAAAAAAAAAAUUCUAUUGGCAUUCUUCGUUUUUAAGAAAACUUUAUCACCUCAACCUUCAAAGUUCCACUUUUCCUAUUUCUCUUGUGCUGUUUGACACAACCUUGUACAUUUCAAAAGCCAGAAAAAACGGCAGCCAUUUCCUUACCAUUUUUUAAUGUCAUUUAGCGGUGGUCCAACAAAAUUGUUCGUUUUGUGUGUGUGCGCGCGCAAGAUAAUACUUGUUCUUUUCAGAUUUUGUCGUCGGGAAAUCCCUUUGCCACCUCGUUUUUGCUAUUGUUGACUCAUUUGCGAUUUCUGUGCUUCUUGACAAAAAUGAAAAUGCUCCACGAUUUCAGCGUCACACUUUUCUACGAUUCAGAGACAAUGUGGUGGUGUUUCACUAUUUUUAUGCGCAUUUAAAGUAAAUCUGACAUCACGCUUCCUCUGUUUGACCGGUUCAGGUGGAAGCCAUGAUACACAUAUACACAAACACAUAUAGAGUGCCUUGUGAAAGUAUUCGGCCCCCUUGAACUUUUCAACCUUUCACCACAUUUCAGGCUUCAAACAUAAAGAUAUAAAAUUACAAUGUUUUGUCAGGAAUCAACAACAAGUGGGAUACAAUCGUGAAGUGGAACAAAAUUUAUUGGAUAUUUUAUACUUUUUUAAACAAAUAACCUGAAGUGUGGGGCGUGCAAUAUUAUUCGGUCCCCUUGCAUUAAUAUUUUGCAGCGCCACCUUUUGCUGCAAUUACAGCUUCAAGUCGCUUGGGGAAUGUCUCUAUCAGUUUUGCACAUCAAGAGCUGGAAAUUCUUACCAAUUCUUCCUUGCAAAACAGCUCGAGGUCUGUGAGGUUGGAUGGAGAGCAUUUGUGAAUAGCAGUCUUCAGCUCUGCCUACAGUUUCUCCAAUGGAUUCAGGUCUGGACUUUGACUUGGCCAUUCUAACACCUGGAUACGUGUAUUUGUGAAGCAUUCCAUCGUAGAUUUGGCUGUAUGUUUUGGAUCAUUGUCCUGUUGGAAAAUAAAUCUCCUCUUCAGUCUCAGGUCUUUUGCAAACUCCAACAGGUUUUAUUCCAGAAUGGUCCAGUAUUUGGCUCCAUUCAUCUUCCCAUCAAUUUGAACCAUUUUGAAGAAAAGCAGGCCCAAACCAUGAGGCUGCCACCAGCAUGUUUGACAGUGGGGAUGGUGUGUUCAGGGUGAUGAGCUGUUUUGCCAUUAACGCCAAUUCAAAACUCCCAAGAGUUGGAUUUUGGUUUCAUCUGACCAGAGCACUUUCUUCCACAUUUUAGGUGUCUCUCUCAGGUGGCUUGUGGCAAACUUUAAACGAGACAUUUUAUGGAUCUCUUUGAGAAAUGGCUUUUUUUCUUGCCACUCUUCCAUGAAGGCCGGAUUUGUGCAGUGUAUGACUGAUUGUUGUCCUCUGGACAGACUCUCCCACCUCAGCUGUAGAUCUCUGCAGUUCAUCCCGAGUGAUCAUGGCCCUCUGGGCUGCAUCUCUGAUCAGUCUUCUCCUAAUUGGAGGUGAAGGUUUAGAGGGACGGCCGGGUCUCGGUAGAUUUGCAGUGGUCUGAUACUCGUUCCAUCUCAAUGUGAUUGCAUGCACAGUGCUCCUUGAGAUGUUCAAAGCUUGGGAAAUCUUUUUUUUUUUUUAAAUCCAAGUCCACCUUUAAACCUCUCCAUAACAGCAUCUCGGACCAGCCUGGUGUGUUCCUUGGUCUUCAUGAUGCUCUCUGUACUGUUCUUUAAACAGAACCCCGAGACUAUGACAGAGCAGGUGCAUUCAUACGGAGACUUGAUUACACACAAGUGGAUUCUAUUUAUCAUUAUCAGUCAAUAUUGGUUCAUUUAGAGCUCAUCACUGAACUUCUGGAGUGAGUUUGUUGCACUGCAAGCAAAGGGUCUGAAUAAUACUGCACGCCGCGCUUUUCAGUUUUUUAUUUGUUAAAAGAGUAUAAAAUAGCCGGUAAAUUUCGUUCCGCUUCACGAAUGUGUCCCACUUGUUG